UUCACGGCUUACGGCUUACGGUUUGGCACGACACGGCGCGGCAUAGUCUGGAUUCCAUUGUUGGGGCGGCAGAGUAGGGCGGGAGGACCAGUUUUGGCCACUUCUGGGCGGCUGCCAUGGGUCGCGUCGCGCUUGGUAUGCGGCUUUCAAUAUGCUUUUUUUUCUCUUUAUCUUUUCGUCUGCGUACGCAUCUCCUUCCUUCAUUCCGUCUUUCUUCGCGCUACGGCCCGUCGUUUGCUAUUCUCCCCCUCUCUACUAGUUGGCUUGCUUGCUUGCAUACAAGCUUGCAUGCAUACUUCGACAUGGCCUUUUCCCACCCCAUAGUCAGCUCCACCAGGCUCUCGCACACCCUUCCUCUCUAUUGCCCCGCUUUCUCCUUCCUUGACCCGCCGUAGGCCCUUAGGUUUCCUUCUUUCUCUUCGGACGCGUUCGAGCGGCGCG